AUGUCAUCCCAUAAAUCCACCCUGAUUACCUUUGUCUUGAUGAUGACGAUGAUGGUGCCAAAAAAAGUGAGUGCUCAAAACUGCGGGUGUGAGGCAGGGCAAUGUUGCAGCCUAUUCGGGUAUUGUGGGAGCGGUGAUGACUACUGUGGCAUGGGAUGCCAGGAAGGUCCUUGUUAUCAGAGUGACACUUCCAACAACGAUGUUUCAGUGGCUGACAUCAUCACACAAGAAUUCUUCGAUGGUAUAAUCGAUCAAGCAGAUGCUAGUUGUCAAGGGAAGAACUUUUACUCUCGAGAUGCUUUCCUCAGUGCUCUCGAUUCCUACAACGAAUUUGGUAUUGGUCCUGUGGAUGACUCUAAGCGUGAGAUUGCAGCUGCUUUUGCACACUUCACCCAUGAAACUGGACAUUUUUGCUACAUAGAAGAGAUUGAUGGUGCAUCAAAGAACUAUUGCGACGAAACCAACACCGACUACCCAUGCGUUCCUGACAAAGGGUACUAUGGGCGUGGACCUAUCCAACUAUCAUGGAACUUCAACUAUGGACCAGCAGGGGAGAGCAACGAUUUCGAUGGAUUGAACGAUCCAGAGACAGUGGCCGAGGACCCUGUUGUGUCUUUCAAGACAGCGUUGUGGUAUUGGAUGCAAAAUGUAAGGCCUGUUAUAGACCAGGGAUUUGGCGCAACCAUAAGAGCUAUCAAUGGCCAACUUGAAUGUGAUGGUGCCAACCCUGACACAGUUCAGGCUCGCGUUAAUUACUAUACAAAAUACUGUUCACAACUCGGUGUCGAUGCUGGUGAUAACCUUGCUUGCUAA